CCUCACUAGUAGAAUUGAUUAGGUAGGCAAAUCUGAAGAAAUACUGGUCGUAACGGGUUGUCUGCCCUUCCAUUGGUGUGCAAGUCUUCUCUAAACAGAGCCAGCAGCUCAAGAGCAGGCAUUUGACGCGAUUUUAAAGCCUUACAACAUGAUGAUACCCGCUGCUUGCUUGGGGCUUUGACCCCGCAGUUCAACUACUUGAAAAUUUUUCCAAUACCUUCUGGUCGUUUUCUACGUCAACUUUUUGCUAAAAUUAGCUGUAACAUGCACACCGGGAUGAAGACAUGAAAUCUGGCGGCUUGCAAGGGGCGCCGGUCUUGGCUCCGUGCGUCUAAAGAGGCGGUGGCCGGAUGCAGAGCCUAUCCCCUAUCAUUACUGUCCCGCGCCGCUUCUGGGACGUCGAGUAUGGCGCUUGUCCUCUUCCUAAAGCAGUCAAUGUCACCUUCGAGGUGGCUGGGCAGCCGGUUGAAGAUUUGUUCGCACGCGGCUUCGUCUCAGUUGCUGAGGACUCAGAGCUUAAGCUGUCCGGUUUGUGGAGCAUAUGUCAGGACCAUUUUCCGGGUCAUCUUGUUGCCGAUUGGGUGCGGGUUGGGGACGACACAAUAAAGCUCCGGCUGCAGCCACCUGACCCGGCUGACGAACAGCGCAUGGCCUUAGGCCGUAAACGGCAAGCGCCCUCGGAAGCUCCGGACGGGCAGCCCAAGUUGCCAGCCCUCGGGGGACGUCCGCUGGCUGAGUGGGAAGGCCGUGAACUGGCGGCCCCGAGCACGGGGAUGGACUGGCGGCAGGACGGCCGGGAUGCUGCGCGGGCCCCGGUGGAGCCGCCCCAGAGGCUGGUCGCACCGGUCAUGGUGCCGACGGCCCGGCUUGGGUCCAGACGUGGAGGUGCAGGCGGGCGGGCGCGUGGUGGCUCGAGGGCAUCCACAACCGGCAGGGGCUGUGCAAAGCUUGUGCGCACCACGACGCGCUUGUACAUCGGAGUUGGGCAGGUCCGGGAGUGGCUUGGCGAGGUCGGGGCGCGCACUGAGCUGCAAGUCAAGGUGAUGUUGGACAACCGGAUGCACGCUGAGGUGCACCCGGCGGACCUGCUGUACAACAAGGGCGCGCACUACUACUGGAUUACGAGCCGGACCUUGAAGCGCGCAGCAAUGGGCAAGUGGUUCUUGGGCUGGAACCACACACCAGCCGACGGCCUCGUGCUGCUGCUGCGAUCGCCCUCCAAAGACGAGAUUGCGGCCGCCAUCGCAGAGGGCUUCCAGGGCAAGGAGGACGACGAUGAGGAGGACCAACAGCAGCAAGUGCAGCAGCUGUUAAUGCAGCAGCAACCGUCGCUGCAGGCAGCGCUGUCGCCGCCAUCCCCUCGGCUGGCACGUGCCCCGCAGCCGCGGCCUGUGCUGCCGUACUCAGAUGAGGAGGCCUUGCUUAUGAUGCAGCAGCAGCAGCCACCGGGCCCCGAGGUUGACGAUGGAGUGGAAGGCGGCCAGUACCAUCGUGCAAUGGCACUACAGGGCGGGGCCAGGCUGCCGCAGAUGGGAGAGGAAGAGGACGACAUCAGCGGCCUCAGCGGCGAUAGCGAGCUGCGGAAAGUACUCGGACCCAGCGACCCGCGCCUGAUGGUGGCUCUCGCGGCCGAGUUGCAGCGGGGGCUGUACGGCCCAGGAGGCGCUGCUGGUGCCAUGAACGCCAACCGCCGUGGAGCGCAAGCCCAGAACUUGGCGCCUGGCCCCAGCCGGGGUUACACGGGAGGGCGAGAUGCGCGGGACGCUCAGCAGCCGCUGCUGACCAGCAGGUCGCAACCUAACCCGCUGCCGCAGAUGUUGGGGCAGCUGCCAGGCGGUGUGCCGGCGCAGUACCGGGGUUCGCUAGGCCGGACGGCGAGCGAGGGGCUGAACGCGCAGGUCCCCCCGCCCGCACCCGUGCCAGUACCCCGGAGCUCAGGAGGGCAGGCGUCGCGGCUCACGAACUUCUCCGAGGUGCCUGGCGGGACGGCCUUCGCGGCAGUGCUGCCGCCAGCGGAGGGACUGGGCUUGGAGCCGCCUCCGCCGCUGGCCCCGCCGCAGCAACAGCGCGGCGGGACGGGUGCCAUGCUGUCGCAGCUGGGCGCAACCACCAGCAUUGCGUCCAACUUGUCCAUGCCGGGAGCCACGCAGCUGACAGGCACUGGGAGCUUGCUGCAGGCAUCGGGCAUUGCUGGGCCGGUUGCGGCGGCGCCGUUGCGGCUACCUGCUAACGUCAGUGAGCUCUUGCCGCCGGAGUACUUGCCGGCAGCGGUCUCUGUACGCUGCACGUUGGACGGCAGUCUGCAGCCCCAGAUCUUCCCUUGCGAGAUUCACCGCACCGGUCACCAAGGCCACUGCUACCUGUACAACCUCCCGCCCAGUGUGCUGGAGGGUCGGUCGCAGCAGGACUGGAUGAUCAGCGAGGACGGCUGCCUGGUGCUCUGCUUGAAGACCGUGCCGCAAGCGCAAGUCCUCGUGGAAAACAAGUCCGUGCGUAGCGCUCCCAGCCACCCUCAGGGUGGCUCGAUCAUCGGCACCGCCAGCGUCUCCGCCGACCUGCCCGGUGCUCGCCCCAGCCUGCCAAGCAGAGUCCAGCCCAACGUCGAGAGGCCCAGUCCAAGCGCCCACGCACAGAACCCGGAUCCCGACGACCUGGGAGCUCCCACGCUGCUUUCCCCACCGGCAGGCUUCGCUGUUGGAGGCAUUGGCGGCGGCAGCCCCCAGGUGCCCAGCCCACACGAGCACCUGCCGGAGGAUGCGGGGUACGGGCCUGGCGCCGCUGCUACGGGUACUGCGGCUGCGGAGCCUCCGGUGGUGGCGGCGACGUUGCCCGUCCUCGAGCCCAAGCCGGAUGCCCGGCGAGAACGUGCGGGCCCGCUGGUGAUCCCGCGGCAGGCCAUGGACAGCCUGUACGGCGCCGUGAAGCUACCGCACCCGGUGCUCGUGAGGUUCCAGGUCAACGGAGAGCUGGAGGCGCAGGUGUACCUGGCGGAGGUGGUGGAUGCGGGCGGGGAGCUAGUCAUCCGCGGCAUUCCCCAUGAGUCGUUGGCGGGGCGAACCCUCACGGGCUGGAGGCGGACCAAUGUCUGGUCGCACCAGCUGUUGGUGGUGUGCUUGGAGUCUCGGCUGGAGGCUGAGGGAUUGCAGGCCAAGUCCGUGAGUGCGACGACCAGCAUGCGCCAAGGCCGCGAGGAGGACCUCCGCCGCUCCCGUGCCGACUACCUCUCGGUGCCGCAGCAGGCCACCCCCACCUCCGCCCAGCAACAGCUCCACCCGCAACCCCACCUACCCCUCCGCACCAGCGAGCAGCCCGGGCAGCACUGGGGCGGGCUGGGCGAGCCCCCACUGCACCCCCCACCGUCAAGACCACGGCAAGCGGGUGGCAGCCCCGGUAACGCGUUCGCCUCCCUGCAGCCGACGUUUUCGGGUGCUCCCAGACCUAGUAGCAUUCCGCCGCCAUCGCGGCCAUCCUUGCCAUCCUUGCCACUGCAAUCGCACCACCACCAACCCGCCUCCGGACCCCUCAGCGCCCGACAGCACCCGCAACGACCGCCCAGCGCCGACGGCAGCCCCCAGCUCGGCAUGCCGCCUCCGCCGCUGCAGCCCGUGUUCAGCGGGACGCUAGCCGGUGUCGGAAGUAGCAAACUGCCGCUCAGUCAGCCGCUCUUACAGACCAGCAACAGCCUCCUGCCGGCGCAAGGUGGCUACAUGCCCGAGCGCACGAGCGGAGCCCCUGGCUCCGGAGCGCGCCCCGAGUCGCCUGCGCUUGGGGGAGCUGCCACGGGUCGACCCAUGGGGCCCCUCCCUGGGCCUCGGGGGCCGGUUGGCGGUUCCACCGGGGCGCCGCGGCCGCAGUCAUCCAACCCAGAGCCCUCCAACGCGAACCUGCUGUCCAAUGUGGCUUCUGCGGCGCAUGCAACACCCAUGCUUGCGCCGUCGGGACGCCCUACAGUCACCCCACGCUCUGCUCCUGCGGCGACCAUGUACCCCUGGCAACUCGAAAGCGGUUCCGGAGCGGCGGCCGUUGCUGGUGGCAACGCACCCACCGUCUUUGCGCAGUACGGCUUGAACUUGGAAACGGCGUCCUCCAUCGGCCCUCCGGACAUGUCCCUGGCAGCCAAACGGCCCCAGCAUCAUCAGCCCCAAACGAACUCGUCUGGGCGCGGUGCCAGCGGCAGUGGUUCAGGCCAGGCCGACGCCAACGUCUUUGCUGGUAGCACGCCCAAGUCGCGCAGCGCGGGUCAGCCUGGAGAGUUCGGUUCCGGCAAUGCCUCCGGUGUCCAGGUGCACAUGCAGCAGCCCCAGUCCCAGCAACAGCAACAGCGCUUGACCCCGCAGUCUCAUCCCGUCCUCCAAGUGUCCAGGCAGCAGCAUGAGGGCGCAGACCAAGACAUUCGCAGGAGCACCGGCGCUCCCGCGCCGGGCACCGGCGACGUAGAGGUGGACGCGGCGGGUCGCCCGGUGUGGCCCAACGUCGGCAGCGGAGACCACAACGCCGCGUCGUUGGCAGCGGUUGGUAGCGCGGGCGACAGUGAUGCGGUCUUCUCGCUGCGUUACCUCACCAGCCAGGCUGCAGGGGGGCCGGGCAGGAGCCCGGAGAUCCGUGGCGUUGCAUCGGAUGGAGCUGUGGCGGAGCGUGCGGUUGACUUGCAGCCGCCGCAUGCGCAGUACGGCACCGAGCAUCCUAUCGCUCACCACCACCUGCCGCCGCUCCAGAUCCGCACCUCCCAGUCCUUGCGCUUCGAGCUGCAGGAGCAGCACUCCACCCCUCGCUUGGAUGGCUCACGUGGGGGUCGGGGCACUGCGAGUGACAGCAGCCACGAGCUGGGGCCGCCGUUGGGUGUAGUACGGAGCGCCAGAUCACGAUGGGGCCCGGCUGCUGCCUCGCCAGCAGCGCCCGUAGAUGACGUGGCGCCGGGAACCGGUGAGGUCUCGCAUGCCGCGGCUGGAGGAGGAGCCAGUGACGAGCGACGCAGCCAGUCCCAGUCCAGGUACCGGGAGGAGCCGAGCUCGGCUGGGUUCCCCAGGAUUGUGCUGAGCCCCACGCCUGACGGCUUGCAUGUGCCUGCAAGCGAGGGCCCCGACGCGGGCGGAGCCACAAGCUCCCGAGGUACGGCGGCUGGUACGGAGGCCAGGCGGUCAUCACACGGCUUGGGGGCGGUUGCUCAACACGGCGGUGAUUUGUCGUACGGCUCAGGAGCGCUACGAUCGUACGACGCCAUAGCGUCGGUAGAGCUUCGUGACCCUGCCAUGUCAUCAGACGUCAACUUUGGAACAGCAGGAGGUGGUACUACAGCAGGACUGUUGCAAGGUGGUGGAGAAAAGGUGCAGGGAGCCCAGUCGCACCUGAUGACGCCGGCGCCCGGGGCGGGGUUGAAGGAGGCCGCGGAGGAGCCCUCGCGGACGACUCUUGGCAGCGCUCAGGACUU